CAGCGACAUCGCUGCCGUCCCUGGGAAACGCAGGUGAUGAGGGAGCCUGACUCCGCCUGGUCCCGGAACCGGCUCGGAAGUUGCAAGGGCGCCGAGGUGACUGCUUCUGCCGGGAUGGCCUGUGAGCUGAUCCGGUUCAUGAGUCCAGAUGACGCGAACAUUGCAGGGAAUGUGCAUGGGGGCACCAUCCUGAAAAUGAUUGAAGAGGCAGGAGCUAUCAUCAGCACCCGGCACUGCAACUCACAGCCCGGGGAGCCCUGCGUGGCUGCCCUGGCCCGCGUGGAGCGCACAGACUUCCUCUCACCUAUGUGCAUUGGGGAGGUGGCCACUGUCAGCGCAGAGAUCACCUACACCUCCAGGCGCUCCGUAGAAGUCCAGGUCAACGUGCUGUCUGAGAAUAUCCUUACAGGUGCCAAGAAGGUGACCAAUAGGGCGACACUGUGGUAUGUGCCCCUCUCACUGAAGAAUGUGGACAAAGUGCUUGAAGUUCCUCCUGUCCAGUACAUGCGGAAGGAGCAGGAGGAGGAAGGAAAGAAACGGUAUGAGCAGCAGAAACUGGAGCGGUUGGAAACUAAGCAGAGAAAUGGGGACAUGAUCUUCCCUGUUAUCAACCCAGACCCAUACACUGUUGGCUACAGCCAGUCCAGCCUGAUCCAUCUUGUGGGGCCGUCAGACUGCACUCUCCUUGGGUUCGUGCAUGGAGGUGUCACUAUGAAGCUAAUGGAUGAGGUGGCUGGAAUCGUAGCAGCGCGCCACUGCAAGACCAACAUCGUCACAGCUUCAGUGGAUGCCAUCAACUUCCAUGAGAAGAUCAAGAAAGGUUGUGUCAUUACCAUUUCUGGACGCAUGACCUUCACCAGCAACAAAUCCAUGGAGAUCGAGGUCUUUGUGGAUGCAGACCCUUUUGUGGAUGAGCCUCAAGAACGAUACCGAGCUGUUAGCGCCUUCUUCACCUACGUGUCCCUGAGCAAGGAGGGAAAGCCUCUUCCUGUCCCACAGUUGGUGACAGAAACUGAAGAUGAGAAGAAGCGUUUUGAGGAGGGCAAAGGGCGAUACCUCCAGACGAAAGCCAAAAGACAGGUGCAUCUGCAGCCACUGGCUCAGCAGUGACGUUACCUCCUGGCCUCACAUGCUCACAGGAGAACUGCCCUGGGGGGAAACAUAUCCACCUAGAUCUCACUUGGCCAAAUACAACUGAGUUGUCAUUAAUGUUGUGUGACGUGUGCACAGGGCCCUGCUGUAUUCAUCAUCCCUGUGGCUGGAGGGACACCAUCCUGCAGAAUCUGGCUCUGGAAACCCCCAGCUUCAUUUAAAAAGCAUCAUCCUUUCACACCCAAGUCUAAUGUCACCAGAUGUCCUGCUUGUUUGGGGGCUCACAUAUCGUUUGAAUCACACCUCACCACAGUGGGUUCUGAAAUCUGCUGUUGCCAAUUUGAAUCAGCUGUUGAAUUAUUUCACUGCUGAGUACACCUCACUGGAAGCCCCAUCGUAAGGUACCACAAAGCCUUGGUGAUUGCCACAAAUAUAUUUGUUUAAUUAUCAAUUGAAAAGGGCACAUUGAAAAUGCAGGAGCAGCAUACCAUUGCAUUGAGUAUCAGGGUAAAUAACACAAGGCUACUGCUGUUACUUAUUAUGACAUUUAAUUCAGUAAAAAUCACUCCCAUCUCAUCGUGAAGUGCUACAGAAGCAGGAGGCAUUGUGCAGAAUACACGGGGCUUUGAGUCUUUGUAACGUUGUGUUAAUUUAUAGUAUGUCCUAAAAAUGUACACCAAAGCUUAUUUAUAAUAUUCUCCAGUGUAAAUGCUACUCAGUAUUGUAUUGGACUGUUUCUAUCCAUUCCAUUUCAACCUAUAUACAAAAAUUCCUGUGCGCAUCUGAGUAAUUUAAAGAAUACUUGUGACAUGAAUAAAGUCCCUCAGUUUGGACUGAGGUGAAUAAUAGAA